UCCGCUAUGCUGGUUCCGGGGCCCCCACCCGUCGCUUGCUUCCUCAUCGACUCCGCUGCUGCUGCAGGGAAGCGACUCCGCUCCCUGCUGCUGCCGCCUCCUGCUGCUGCUGCUGCUCGUCCUGCUGCGCCAGGCCCCCUACUUAGCUGUUGUGCAGCCUCCUCUCUGUUGUGAGAGGCGACCCUGGGGCCAUCGCCGACUACAGCAGCUCCGACCAAGGAGCAGCAGCAGGAAUCCCCCAUACUGCCGCGUCUUCCUUGGGACGGACGAUGACGAGGUGGUAAAGGAGGUGGUGGUGGUGGAGCCCCCUUUUCCGCCCAUGGAGUCAUUCAUUAAACGAGAAGACGAUGACGACGACAGAGAGGCUGGCAGUAGGAUCUGGCUGGCAGUAAAAGUGGAGACGCAGGGGGAGGAGAGCAGCAGCGACGACGACGACCACGGGGCGGACGUGUGUGCCGGAGAGGAGGAUGGCCGAGAACUUCAGGUCAAACGAGAGACGCGGGAGGUCAAACGAGAGACGCGGGAGGUCAAACGAGAGACGCGGGAGGUCAAACGAGAGACGCGGGAGGUCAAACGAGAGACGCGGGAGGUCAAACGAGAGACGCGGGAGGUCAAACGAGAGACGCGGGAGGUCGAACGAAGGGACCUGCACAUUGUGGAGGUCGACCCUCAAGAUCCGCUGGUUGGCGACGGUUCAUCUGUGAGACCUGGAGAGUCGCGGAGGGAUUGUUUGGGAUCGUCAGGCGUGGCAGAGAUCGAAGUGGAGGUGGGCGACGACGACGAUGGUGACGGGAUGGUCGUGGAAGGUGCCCCGGAAAUGCUCUCCCAUGCGAAAAAAUCCACCGGGACAACGACAACCUGCGCCAGAAAGAAAUCGUACGGCUGCUCGGUGUGCGGCAAGAGCUUCGUCCGCCCGUCGGAACUCAGGUCCCACACGAUGAGGCACACGGGAGAGAGGCCGCACAAGUGCUGCGUGUGCCAGAGGGCAUUUGUCACCGUGUCCAACCUCAAUACGCACAUGAUGGUCCACAGGGGCGAAAGCCCGCACAAGUGCCCGGUGUGCGGUAAGGGGUUUGCCAAGGAGACGCAGCUGAGGAACCACGAGAUGAUCCACACGGGCAAGUGGCCCCACGUGUGCACCGUGUGCGGGAAGGGUUUCGAGCGCCUGUCCCACCUUAAGUACCACACGGCCUCGCACACCGGUGAGAGGGCGCACCGAUGCCUGGUGUGCGGCAAGGGCUUCAGUCGCCCGUCGGCCAUCAGGGGCCACAUGGCGAUGCACACAGGCGAGAGCCCGCUCCGGUGCCCCGUGUGCGGCAAGGGGUUCAACGAGUCGACGCAGCUCAGGAGGCACGUGAAGAGUCACACGGGGGAGUGGAGCCACCACUGCUCCGUGUGCCAGAGAGGGUUCUUCCGCCCGUCGGAACUGAAGAUUCACAUGAUGAACCACACGGGAGAGAGGCCGCACAAGUGCUUGGCGUGCGGCAAGGACUUCAAGCAGUACGCAGCCCUGAGGACCCACAUGAUGAGCCACACGGGAGAGAGGCCACACAAGUGCUCUUUGUGCGAGAAGGACUUUGUGCAUCGCUCAUCCCUGACGAGCCACAUGAAGACGCACACGGGAGAGAAGCCGUACAAGUGCCCCGUGUGCGAGAGGGUCUUCAGGAAAUCCUCGACCCUGAAGAAUCACAUGAAGAUGCACGUGGGAGAGGGAGCAUGCGCGAUCGGGAGUGUUUGAUUUGUCAAGCCCUUUGUGAGAGGUGCCCUUUGUGACCGCACAGUGGAGAUUGGCAGACAUGCGGGGGAGCAGUUAGUCAGUGAGGAAUAUAUCGGGAGGUUAAAGACGCUACCAAGAAAUCUUCAAUGGCUCGAAAUGAAUUGCAAAUGACUAACCAGUUAUCUGCACUAGUCACUUAUAGCUCUGGGUUAAUAGAUAGGCUGUGAAAAUAUCUACACCGCUUGGAUGUAAGGAUCAAGAAACCUAUCUACACGGCAAGUUGUAUGCAAUUGGUGUCAGAGGCUGUGCGUGCUCCAUGCUGUGGGAUGGUCAGGGCUCAUAGUACCGAUCAUAUCUCAGAAUCCGAACAUUUAUUUAUACGGCAGGAGGAAUCCGAUGAGCUAUAAAGCUCUCUUUCACAGAUGUCCAGUAGGGGUACGAGGGCCAUCACGUUACAACAACAAUACACAGUUUCGAUUUAAAGCUUUCGUGACUGCAGGGAUUCAUCUUCUUGGUUCUUUCGGGAAAGUCACGUUGAAUGGAAAUAAAAAAAUAAUAAAAAAAUGUAACAUAAUAUAAUAAUUCUCACGACAUUUCGGCCACAACGCAAGCAGCCGUCCCUCAGGUUGAGAACAGGUCUGUCGAGAAGACAUUCUACGUGACUUUACCGAAAGAACCAAGAAGAAGAACAAUACACAGUACACACAAACACGAUAUGAGUACAAAGUACAAGACAGGUAAACAAAUCACCCAAACACAUACAAAUAAAACGAAACCAUCCCCAUCCUACCAAGCAAAACCCCACUGGUAUUUACUAAUUUUUCAGAAGCGACCUGGCUCACACAAAUGAUAUCUAAAGAAAGUGACGUCAUCUGCAAAAAGCAACGUCGCCACCUCCAUGCCCCCGUACGGAAAACUCUCCCUACCUUGGCUGCACCUUGAUAUCCUCCCCAUGAAAAUCACAAACCGGGGUGGAGACGAGACGCACCCUUGGCAUAACUUUGCCGUGGUUAUUCAUGAGCCUGUGAAUCCAAUGGAGGUGAGAACUCCAUUGUUCCCAAGAAGCCACCUUCCUCUUUCCCCCACUGGAAAUACAUCAAAAUUGAUGCUUUUGGUUUUGGUAAGCUCCAUGACCUGCUCUCGAAAAGGACAACAAUAUGCAAACUUUGUCAGAUGCGGCUUCAGCCAAGGAGCUAUAGGAGAGCUCUCCAAUAGGGAUCCUUGUAGAUCGACCAACCCAUUUCCACCGCUACUUCUGCCACAGGACCGCAGGGCUCCUUCCCUGCCUCUCUUUAGGUUCUCCCUUAUUGGGUAUACAUUACUCCGCAGUUGUAAUGCAGCGAUGUAGUGGCACUCUGAAGCCACGCAUUGCUGACUUUAUCCUCUGCAAAAUUCAACUGCCUCCAGUCGCAUGGUAUCGACCAAAUGGGUUUUUUUGGUGCCUUGAAAUUCCACCCCUCUUAGCUCAUAUUGGGAUAUGGCAUUUGUCUCCUCCUGGCCCAUACCCACAGGGUCUGGAAUCCUCACCACCUUAAGCGGAUAUUGCAGGUGACCUCGUCCGAGGAUUCUUUUUUACACCGUGCAGCCUCAAAUGAACCGAUGGGAUCAUACUCUCUAAAACCCCAUCACAGGUGGAGGCAGAAAGGUGUAACAAUUGGUUUACCCCAUUUCUAAUCUCCUGAUCUAGCGUGAUUAGAGUAGACGAUUUUUAAUAUAAUUGAUCGAUCCAGAGGUGUGGACUCGAGUCAUGUGACUUGGACUCGAGUCAGACUCGAGUCAUGAAUUUGAUGACUUCAGACUCGACUUGGACUUGCAUAACAAUGACUUUGUCCCACCUCUGAGGUGUGGACUCGAGUCAUGUGACUUGGACUCGAGUCAGACUCGAGUCAUGAAUUUGAUGACUUCAGACUCGACUUGGACUUGCAUAACAAUGACUUUGUCCCACCUCUGGAUCGAUCUGCUGGGUAGAUUAAUCUGGGGGGGGGGGGGUGGUACAGGCAUACCCCGUUUAGCACGGGAGAUGCGUGCCUGGAAAGGGCUUGGUGAAUGGGGGCUAUAUACGGGGUUAUAGCAUACACCCUAUGCAGAUGUGUUUCCGACAUCGUAAUUUAUCACCUAUGACCAACACAGGGGUUAAUUGGGUUAUUGGAACAAUAUUAUGGAUGAUAAACAUGACUUAUAAAUACUGUUAAUGGUACUAAAUUUCGAAAUAACAAAGUCUAGUCACCAGUGCAUGGUGCGACACUGAUAUGGUGUUCUUGGCAGCGCUGGGAGACAAGAUGGGAGUUGCAGCUUCCGCCCAGUGGUGCAGUCCAAUCUGUGACUUGGCUUCCACGGCCCCCACCCCACCCCGGUUUUAGAGGAAAGCGCUCAUUGGCGGAGAGCGAACACCGCGCCAACUCGACUAUGAUAGCGCUCGCUCUUUGGCUGAGGGUGGAGAGCGUGAAAGGGCACUAAUACUGAACAGGACUUAUAUGAGAGCCUACACCGUGCUAACUCAAGCACGGCUUUUCAUUCUUAUGAUUUAAAUUUACUGAACGUUAAGUAUGUAAUGUUUUUUUUGUUGUAAUAAACACUAUAUUUUGUUAAAAUAAAAAUUUGCCUAAGA